AUGCCACCCAAACGCAAAGCCGCUGACAAAGCCACUAUUGUCAAGCGUUCGAAAGUAGACGAUGCUACCCCACAAAAUCUAAAUCUGAUUGCGGACAAACUCUUUGGAUGUGCAGAUGUCGUUGCCAUACUCUUCUCCUUUUUGGAUCUCCGGCAGUUGCUGCUAUUAGCCUGUACCAGCAGAGGCGUUGAGGCGACUCUUGAGUAUGGACAUGUGGUUCGUGCGACCAUGCUCUCGGGAGGAUACCCGCAGACAUCUCUAGAGAGAAUGCUAGGACCCGUUCGGGAGCGAAAGAUUUGGGUACCAUCGCCAUUGAGAUUACUGCGAGUGGUAUGUGGCAAGAAAUGUGAAGUUUGCAACGUUCCGACCCGAUACGUCUGCAAGGCUUUUGCCCUCUUUCUCUGCGAAAAUUGCUUGACAAAGUCCACAAAGCUCCUUCGAAGAAACAAGCAAUGGAGGCCGUAUCUUGAGGCCCCUGGCGUCAUGUUGGGACCUCGCAAAGGAAACCGAAGUCCACAUUCUUUCCUCAUCUCGAAGCCCUUCGAGGAUAAAUGUGGCAAUAGGAUUGGCCCACUAGUGACAUCGGAGGAUAUUGAGGCCAUGGAACAUCGAAAAGGGGGUGAUGCUUAUUCGGAUGAUACCUCUGCUACUGAGGAAGUGGCAGCAUUUGUCGAAGAGUGCAAUGAUCAACAACCGAAUGCCGAAACGGCAAGGCAAGCAAUACUGAAGGCACCUGGCGACAACCGUCGAGAUGUUAAGAAUCGUCAGGCAGCUUUGGCCGCUUUAAAGCAAGAAAAGAAGAAAAUCACUGGAAAGAAACUCAUUGCCAAGAGACAAAAAUGCGACGAGAUUAUCCAGAAACUAGUGGUAAAGCUGAACGAUGACCAGGAUUUGAUUGCCAAGAUGGAGGCGCGACAGUGGAGCCUAAGGGUCAACUCAUAUGAAUUUCGUGAUCCAAGGCUUGAAAAGAUUCUGGGCAAAGCCUUGAGAGCACCGAGCAAACUGAACAGCCAGAAGAAACUCCAGGAAGUAUCGGAUGCAAUUUAUGGAUUGAACGAAAACAAAAGGCUCGGCCUCCAUUAUAUUCAGCAGAUUAUGACUCUUGUGGAUCACAAAGAUGCUGCUGAAGUGAUUCAAUACCGAUGGGUCAAUUGGAGACGUUGCUAUUACUUUCACAAUAAGUGCAUUAGUGAGAUCUUGGAAGACCCAUUGGAGGAUCCAAAGUCUCUUGACCCUGCCAACGAUAUCCCGCCAUUGGCGGCUCGAGCCAAGAAGAUUGUGAUGCGCAAAGAGCAAACCGAGGAAAUCUUGAAAACCUUGCAGACGAGACUAGAGGGACUGAGAUAUGCCAAUGACCUUUGCCAUCGUACCUGGCAAUCCCAGAGCUGGUCUUAUAAAUUCACAGAAACGUACGUCCAUAAUAUCCUCCACGAACCACUGCUAUCGGCUGCCGAUAUUACCGAUGAAAAGUUGAAUGAGUUAGAAAAGCAGCUUCGGAACAUGAUGGAAAAAAUGGAACAGAAUGAAAAAAAUGGAGGCACAGAGAAAAUGAAUGGAUGA